UUCAUGUCACCCUCCGAGAGAGGAGCAGGUGAGAGUGAUUUCCCAGCGACUGCCUUGGCCAGUAGAACCAGAGAACAGGAUUCUUCUCUUCUUUUUGGCCACUAAAUGCCUCUGUGCACCACACUUUCCAGUGAAGGAAGAAGGGCGGAGCUUCUUGGAUGACGAUGGACAUUCCACCGGGCAGGAUGAGGGCAGAGUGUGUGACAUCAACACCACAAGGGUCCAGCGUGAACUCCAUCUCCCUUCCCAGCCAGCUCUCCGCCGCCUGUAUCCACCAUGGUGUUUGGUGAGAUUUUCCAUCGCCCUGGACAAGACAAGGAACUUGUCAACUUGAACGUGGGGGGCUUUAAACAGUCCAUCGACCAGAGCACCCUCCUGCGCUUUCCUCACACCAGACUCGGGAAGCUGCUCAGCUGCCAGUCGGAAGAGGCCAUCCUGGAACUGUGUGAUGACUACAGCGUGGCCGAUAAAGAGUACUACUUCGAUCGGAACCCCUCCCUGUUCAGACACGUUUUGAACUUCUAUUACACAGGGAAGCUGCAUGUCAUGGAGGAGCUGUGCGUGUUCUCGUUCUGCCAGGAGAUCGAGUACUGGGGCAUCAACGAGCUCUUCCUCGAUUCCUGCUGCAGUAAUCGCUACCACGAGCUCAAGGAGGAAAACCACGAGAAGGACUGGGACCAGAAAAGCAACGAUGUGAGUACUGACUCCUCGUUCGAAGAGUCGUCUCUGUUCGAGAAGGAGCUGGAGAAGUUUGACAAGCUGCGAUUCGGUCAGCUCCGGAAGAAGAUCUGGAUUCGCACGGAAAACCCAGCCUACUGCCUGUCGGCCAAGCUCAUCGCCAUCUCCUCCCUGAGCGUGGUGCUGGCCUCCAUCGUGGCCAUGUGCGUCCACAGCAUGUCGGAGUUCCAGAACGAGGACGGGGAGGUGGACGACCCCGUGCUGGAAGGCGUCGAGAUCGCGUGCAUCGCGUGGUUCACCGUCGAGCUGGCCGUCCGGCUGGUUGCUGCUCCCUGUCAAAAGAAAUUCUGGAAAAACCCUCUGAACAUAAUCGACUUCAUCUCCAUUAUUCCCUUUUAUGCCACGUUGGCUGUAGACACCAAGAAGGAAGAGAGUGAGGACAUUGAAAACAUGGGCAAGGUGGUCCAGAUCCUCAGGCUCAUGAGGAUUUUCCGCAUCCUCAAGCUGGCCCGGCACUCGGUAGGACUCCGGUCUCUCGGUGCCACACUGAGGCAUAGCUACCACGAAGUUGGGCUGCUGCUUCUCUUCCUAUCGGUGGGCAUUUCCAUCUUUUCCGUGCUUAUCUACUCUGUGGAGAAAGAUGACCACACGUCCAGCCUCACCAGCAUCCCUGUCUGCUGGUGGUGGGCCACCAUCAGCAUGACGACCGUGGGCUACGGAGACACCCACCCAGUCACCUUGGCUGGGAAGCUUAUCGCCAGCACGUGCAUCAUCUGUGGCAUCUUGGUGGUGGCCCUUCCCAUCACCAUUAUCUUCAACAAGUUUUCCAAGUACUACCAGAAGCAAAAGGACAUUGAAGUGGACCAGUGUAGUGAGGACCCACCAGAGAAGUGUCACGAGCUCCCUUACUUUAACAUUAGGGACAUUUAUGCGCAGCGGAUGCAUGCCUUCCUCACCAGUCUCUCUUCUGUGGGCAUCGUGGUGAGUGACCCCGAAGCCACAGACGCCUCGAGCAUUGAAGAGAACGAGGAUGUUUAUAACACGGCAUCCUUGGAGAAUUGCACGGCGAAAUGAGCAGGGACGUUUGUGCCUGUACCUCGUGUCCCUUACCGAUGUUAGGUUAACACAGCUUUAUAAACCUCAGUGGGUUUGUUAAAAUCAUUUAAUUCUCAGGGUGUACUUUUCAGCCAUAGUUGGACAUUUCACUGCUCUGAAAUGAUAGAAACGUCUUUAUUUUUUUCAGAGAGGUGGAUUAAAUGCCUUGCUCUGAAAUUUAUUCUUUAUAAGAGAGAGUUGUGAUAUGAUUUUUGAAAAACAAGAGGUAGAUGGUAUUGGGUGGGAUCUCUUGCUACGGCUUACGUAUCGUUCUGUGUUUAUCAUUUACUCACAUUGAGCUAACUGUCAAUUACUGACAAGUAGAAUCAAAGGCCCAGCUGACUGAAGAUUACAAGCAUGUAAGAUCCGCAAAAUGAGACAAUGCAUGUCCAUCCAUGUUCACGUUCUAAACAUGGACAUUAG